AUGAUCACGAAACUGGAAAGAGACGUCAUGUCAGAGAGCGAGACCACUGAGAAUACCGAAGAAGAAAUCACCACAAAACGCAGUGAACAACGUACAUGUGAGAAUAAGCAGACCAACGCGUUGUUGUAUUUGGUGUUGAAAGAGGGCUACAAGCUGAUUUUCCCGAAGACAAAGAAAGAGAAUUCGUAUCACAAAUGUAUCACUGUAGAAAGCUUUGACGAGCACUUUGAUUAUGAGGCGAUCACACAGCUUGGGAUCGAGUUCGAUGCGAUUGUAAAAAAGAGGAUGGAAAAGAAUGGCAACGUCAAAGAAGUCACUUUAGAUGCAAAGGAUCUCUUUGAAGAUGGGUCUGGCUAUGUCUCCGAAGACAACUCAAAUGAUGUGAAGAAGGAAUUAGAGAACCUUCCAACUCCCUUCGAGUAA